AUUCCUUCAGUUCUAGUUUGAUUGGCGAUGGUGAGCCUUCAUCAGGAUCUGAUGACACAGCAAUAGUGAUCAGAAAUCCCUCAGAAAAAAGAGAUGCAGAGGAUCGUCGUCUGGGUCGAAUGAUUGAGGACAUCCUCAAGAGUAGCCCUGGAGGUGAUAAGAUCACACAUGAGUAUGCUCGCACAAAAACAUUGUCAGAUGUCAGAAGACGUGACCUAGUGAAAAUACUAGUUGCACAUCUGACAAAUGAGCAUGGGUAAGUUUUUUUUCAUAAACUCACAAGACUGAUAUUAAAUUAAUCUUAGUUGUAUUUUGGACAGGAUGGUAAUUUGAUUUGUGUGUAUAGCACAAGCCCCCCUAGGAGGAAUACGCCAAAGGAAUCAUCUGCCUUUUUCCUUACUUGGCUGACCCCCUGAGCAAGCUUGGCUAUGAACAUUUUUAUAAUGCUGAAGAUGGAAGUGGGUAUUUGGCUUGGAGAAUCAAAACUCUGCAGAAAGAGGUGUCCGAGGGGCGAAUGAAACGGUCACGACAACUUCAAACAGGUGGGCCAACUUCACACAGGGAUCCAUUGAAAGAAGACAUCCAGUGGGACGGACAGCAGUGUCAAGAAGCAAUUGCCCUGAUGAAGCAUUCCACGGAUGAAGUUGUAGUGAAGGAGAAAAUGAGGCUAACCCUGGCCUAUCGUCAGAAGUUUCUGCACGAUCCUGAGAACUCAGCCGACAUCCUAUCUGUUUUUCCUCGUUUCUUGGACAUUCCAGGUUUGAUUGAUCAAGAUUUCAGGAGUCUUUUUGGUGACGCAACCUCUGCAAAGAUGUUGGAGAAGUGGACCACCAACUUUCAAGCAAAGGUUGUUACUCAGUGUCGUGGGCUUACACUGACUGGAGAUGUACAAGACCUCAUCCAAAAUGCUGAAGCCACUGAAGUAGAUGAUGGCUGGGACAGUGACAUGUCAUCAAUGCUGUUGCUGGUUCACCUUCUGCCACCUUCAAGCCAAGGCCGAAAAAGACCAGGGAAAAUCUCAGCCAGACAAGCAUGCGACAGUCUUGUAAAAUUCAUCAAGAUUGGGACCAGCAUCCAAGCACACCUGGACAACAUCUCUGGGAGUCUCCAGCCAUACCUACUUGCUGUUGGUGCCAAGAAGAGCAUGAUCGAGUCUUACUACAUCGUGAUCGACAAACAUGCUCUACCCUGUAAGACCUCAACUUCAUUGGCUUGUGUUGAUGAACUUUUCAAAGCACAUUUCGUCUUUGGCACAAGAUACUGUCAGGAAUUGACCAAUGUGUACACCUUUCUGCAAACCACUGUCUAUGACAUAGAUGUGGAAAACACCAAGGUAAAUCCUAGAGUUGCAGAGUUGAGGGCCAGGAUGCAGAAGUAAACUCCUAUGAUCUGCUUCAUUUGUGCAAGAUGUCAUGCCAGUGUCAAUGCCUUGAUUAAGCACUUUAAAUUGGUUCAUGGUCUUUGUCCCGGAAAAACUCUAAGGUUAAAAUGUGCUCAAAGGGGUUGUGCACAUGUAUAUAAUAGUUUUUCUGGAUUACGAAAGCAUCUCACUAAGUGUUCUUUGCGUGACAGUUCAAGUGUUAAUGAAAGUUCAUCUUCAGCCAGUUCCGUUUCAGUUAGGGAUGUAGACCUUUUACCACAUGAAAAUGUAGCUUGUGAAUCUGAACUCCUUCCAAAAAAUAUAGUAAAAAGUUGUGCGACAAUUGUUGC